CUUAAUCAUAUGUAUAUUGGAAUCGAUAACAGUGUUUUUUUAAAAGCUGGUCAUCGAUUUCAAAUCAUUGGAAGUGGGUUGCAUUAUUUUCAUACACAUCCAGAGGGUGGACUUUGACGUUGUGCUUGCGUCUAGACUUCUUAAGUUUAUUACUCCUAUGGAGUAUUAGUUAGUUUAUUACUCCUAUGGAGUAUAAGUUUAGUAACUGAAUGGCGAGUAGGCAAGUGCAUCACACGCGCGUUUUUGCUAGUUCCCAUAAACAAAACACGCCUCCUUUACUUUCCGCGUAUCUCCUCAACCCACUCUCUAAUUCUUUGACGAUCAGAUACUUUUAUCCCCGUAUCAAACCAACUCCGCGUUCCAUCUUCUAACCUUCCGAGAAGCUGUAAUUUCCGUGUUCUACUUACGCCGAGUUACACCAAUGCUUUUCCAUCCUUGUUUUUCGAUUACCCCAUGGUACAUCAGCGCUUUCGACAAGAGAAUCCCCUUCCACUCUCUGAAACUCAUCAGCGCCUCUACACCUCUCUUCCGCUCCACAGCAGUGCCGCUUUCUUGUUCCUCACCAAUGCCACAUCUUAUCCAGAAGGAAUUGGUAGAUAUAGAAACUGCACGAAAUAGCAGCUCUGCUCCACCAUGAUUCUCCGAUUACCCCAAAGUGUAUCAGCGUCUCGCUACACCAGCCUCUCAUUCAGAGUUUCCGAUUACCUUAAAAUACAUCCGCACCUCUUCCUAAACAAAGUGCCUUUCAGUUGCCAGCUGAAUCCGCAUUAAUCAACUAAAACCAGAAUCUAAGAUCGCUGUAGUGAGAUGCAACUGCACCAGCGCCGUUUAUUUCUGCUCCUACGACUAUAUCAAACCCCACCAGUACUGUUUGUGCUCCUAGGCCGGUGUUCACUAUCAAGUUUGAAGACUGUUCUCCCAAAUCAUGUCCGCGCCUGUGGUUACUGCCGCCAUCAACAAACAAAAGCGCCUUCUCUGUCACCUCUGGAUACAUCAAAAUACAUCACAAGCUUGGUUUUGCGUCCGCGCUUCUUCUCAGCCGCCGUCAUGAAAACGAGUCACCCGCCUGAAGAAGUUCCACGCGCUCUUCAAGACCAGAGAUUACUUUAAUCCCCUCCGACUACACAGAACUACGUUGGCUUCGACUAUCAUCGAAGUUCAAGGAACAAUGACCGACCAGCUAACAUAAUACAACAGAGAUAAGUUUAUUUCUAUCUUCUAACCUGUUUAAUCUACUCUUAUCCUUUGCUGUAACUAUUAAUUAACCGAUUUUGAAGUCGAAUUUCAGAGAAAACACGUUUCUAGGUUUUCAUAAACCCAAACUCGAGUUUCUCUUCCACGAACAGUACAGCCAGUCUUGCGUCCACGUUUCCUUUCAGCUGCAUGUUUUCUCAGGCACCCCUGUGACUGUAGAAGUUCCGCCUACCCUCCAAGACCAGCGCUGUUCACAACUGCAUCAAUAAUUACACGAUCCUCCAGCUACAGCAAAGCAGGAACUUCCGAUUAAUGGGGAAAAGUAUGUUGCAGCCCUAUGAGUAUCUAUUAACUGCCACUGGAUCGGAACUACAAAGAUAAGUUUGCAUUUUAUUUUUUGCACGAGUUAUUAGAACCUUCACCCUUGUAUGAAAACAUAUGAGUUAUCUUUAACCUUUAUCCGCUGGCUGAGAACUUCGAUCCUAACCGAUAAGCUCACAUUUACUUUCAACAUUUCAGUUAACCAAUUAAGGGUUCUUCAACUUUAAAAUUCUUUAUGUUCCAUAUCUUAAAUUUUGCCUUUAUACUUGCUGUAUGAUUAACUGCCUAGCUCGAUACCUCUUGCUUUGUGGCUGCAACGAAAUGACAAUUUCCCAUUCAUUUGACGGUUCUUGCUCGCCUGCACCUAGUCCCGAAACAGGCCGCGUGCCAAACUCCGUGUAACUGUAUGUACUUGAAGUCUCUAGGUACCAUAUUUGAUUUCUAGUAGGCACAUGCAUUUCUUGUACUAAUAAAUGAAUGAAUAGUUUCGACGACCUAGAACAAGGAGAUCAGAUAAGACAACUGAAUUGCAGAGGAUCUUCGUCGUUUCAACUCAGUCACUCAACUCAGUUUAAUUUUCAGUGCAUGUAUCAUCAUUAAUCUCUGGAUCGAAGUUUGUUUUUUAAUCCUAAAUGUUUUGUUAACAAUCCUGAGUAAUUUUCUUUUCUUUUGUUUGCUUUUUUAUUCCUAAUUUACUUUAAUUCAUUGUCAUUUCUUUUACUUUCAUGGAAACUUAACUCUCUUUAUGAUUCCCCUCUGUUGUGUUUGCUAACUGAUUUUUCUCUAAUGGCUUUUGCCUCUUUUAUUGUUGUGAUCAUAGCUUUUGCUGAGUAUACUUUUAAGCUUUUGCUUUCAGGGAUUCAAAGGAUUGGAUUCAGAGCUUUUGCUCAUAGUAUUUUGGAAGAGAUGUCUCAAAUCGGUUCUAACUCAACAAAGCUCAAGAACAGGUUAUCCCGCCAAUCAAGCAAAGUUAGGAAAUUCAAAAAUGGUCUAGUCAAUGGAUCGCAGUUAAUUGGUUUCCUAAUUUUACUCCAUUCUUUCAAUAUUGCCAGCUACACAGUUUCUCAAAAUAAGGAUAGCAAUAACCAAUUCUGUUUCCUUUUUACUAGGAAUACUAAUUAUAUGCAGUUAUUUCACAACACAUGAAUCCUUUAUCAUAAACCCCUAAACCCUACUUUGGGUCAUAUCUUGAACCCAAACCUGUUCUAUUUCUCUUGUAAGACUUGCAAACUCAAAACUCUUAUCCCAUAUCAUCUUUUGAGAUCUUAUAAUCAGUUCCACCCAAAUAUGGAGGAAGGUAGAGAAAAUCAAGUCAUUGAUUUAGUCAACAAAUUCAAGAAGGCUACACUGGAUUUAGGAGAUAUCAAUGAAAUUGAAGUCAUCAAGAACAACAAGGAAGAUGAAACAGAAGACAACUGGGAUGCGAGUUGGUAAAGUCAUUAUAGAAGGAAGAAUGAGUUAUGACUCUUUGGAAAAGGGGAUAACUUUCACAUGGCCUUUUCUAACUCUGGAGAAUUUAAAGAUUAUUGAAGUUGAGCCCAACACCUUUAUUUUCAAAUUCAAUCACUGGGAGCUGCUCAACAAAGUAAUUGAUGAAAGACCUUGGGGUGUUAACAAACAUCUUUUAGUUGUUCAUGACUACAUCCCAGGAAUGUCCUAUACUGAGAAGCACUGGGGUUAUCAACUUUUUUGGCUCCAACCGAAAUAUUUAUUACCAGAGCAUAUGAAUGUCACCUCUGUAACAAAAAUGGGUCAGGUUAUGGGUGAAGUGGUUGCUAUUGAACCUAAAGAUGCAAUUCCAGUUGGUAGCGACCCUGUCAAAGUUUGUGUCAAUGUGGAUCUUUCCAUGCCUAUGAGAAGAGGAGUGAAAUGUUCAACAAAUGUCGUAGUUACAAAAUGGCAUCAAUUCUUCUUUGAGAGACAGCCUAAGAGCAUCUGCACAGAAUGUUAUAUAAUUAAUCAUUCUAAAACUGCUUGUAAGGAUGUUGCUAUUUUUUUGAAGAAGGCUCAUGAGAAACCCUAUUUUGUGGGAAAAAUUAACAAUAUUCACAAAAUCAUUAAUGCGAUGCCAGUGAAUACUGACAUUUCUUCGACAAAAGCACCAACAGUCAAGAAGAUUCAGAAAAAAUAUGCCAAGUCAACUAGCUUUAUUCCUCCAAAAGAUGACGAAGUUAUCAAUUUACAAUCUUUACUCAAAGCAGAAGGCAUUGCAACUGAAGAAGAAGGCAUAUUAGGGAAGAGACAUAGAGUAAGUGAACCUGCUGUUACUAGUCCCUCCACAAAUGAGACAUCUCCCCAGAGUACUAUGCUGUAUCCAAUUCUGACCCUCAAGAAUCCUCAACAGAUCACAACUACAGAUAAUUCUACUCUGCAGACACUUGAGGGGAUCAGUUUCAGUUUUCACGUACUCACUUUCAAGUUAGUUCUAUACCUAUUAGUCAUUGUUAACUUAGCAAAUAUGAAAAUCAUUUCUUGGAAUGUCCAAGGUCUUAAAGGUUCUAGUACCAGAGACCAUCUUAGAGACCUCAUUCGGACUCAAAAUCCCGAUAUAAUCUUUUUAUGUGAAACUAAGCUUCAUGAAUCUAAAAUGAAGCCUCUUGUAUCACCUUUUCACUACCCAAAUGUUAGAUUUAUUUCCUCAGUGGGGCUCUCUGGUGGACUCACUAUUAUGUGGAAAAAUGGAUUCUCUUGUGAACUUCUCUGUAGUGAAAAUAAUAUGUUUCAUCUAGUUAUUCAGGAUGAUCCAAGCCAACCAGAGUGGCUUCUUUCUUGUAUGUAUGGCUAUGGCAAUCGAGAAAGGAAAACAAUUCAGUGGGAUUUCAUUGAAGAAACUGGAAAGAAUGUAAACAGUCCUUGGUGCCUCUUGGGUGAUUUAAAUAUUCAUCUAUCCAACUCUAGCGCUUCUUCUUCUUCUUCAGCAGAUGAGAAAAUUACUUCUAUGCUUCAUGAUAUUGGUCUAGAAGAUUUGGGCUUCAUUGGUCAUGAGCACACUUGGACAAGUAAUAAUCUGGGUACUAGUAAAUAA